GGCAUGAUAAACCUCUCCCUCACCAAACUGUGAAAAGCAAAGCAAAGCUACGUGAAUACAUACAAUAUGGCUCCCUCCUCCACUACUACUCUAACGCCACCCAUCCUCUCCUCCACCACCGCCACCGUAGAUGAAGGCGGCGCCACCACAAUCUCCUCCAUCCAUCCUGAUAUUAUUCAAACUCAUCUAUUGACCCGCCUGGACGGGCCCACCUUAGCCUCCGCCGCCUGUACAUCAUCCCAGCUCUACACCCUUUGCACCCAGGAUAUACUCUGGACAAGCAUUUGCCACUCCACGUGGCCCUCAACCAACACGCCACGUCUCCUCCACCUCAUCUCCACGUUCCCCAACGGGUCCCGCUCCUUCUUCUCCGACUCCUUCCCGCUUCUCACCAAUUCCGAUCCAACCCCCACAGCCGACUCCCCGCUUAACCCCGACACUAGUCCCCCCGAGCUGAUCUCUGCCGUCGAUCUUUACUACAAAGGAAAGCUCGUUUUCUGCAAGGUCAUCGAGACCGAGACCGUGUCCAGCUGGUUCCGGUGCUCCCCGUUUCGGCUUGACCUUCUGGACCCAAAAGACGUGGUCUCAACGCCAAUACGGUUCCCGGACUGCGAGGACGCCUGCCUAGAGCUCGAGAAGGACCUUGCGCUGAGCUGGAUUAUGAUUGAACCGAUUGGACGGCGGGCGGUUAACCUCUCGAGCCACAGGGCAGUGUCGGUUCAGCGGCACUGGCUGAGCGGAGAGAUACAAGUACGUUUCGCGACGAUCAUGACCGGUGAAAGAGGAUCCUCGUCGGAGUUCGUACAGUGCGGGACUGUGAUAAUGUGCGGCGGGUCGGAGGGAGGGGAGCUGCAGCUGAGGGAGGUAAGCUUGCAUCUGGAAAACAUGGAUGGGAAGCAUUUGAACGGGAAGGAUAGUUUGGCCAUACUUGGGAGGGUGUUGGAGAGCAAAAAGAUAAGAGGGAAAAGAAGGAGAGAAGAGGAGGAGGGGGGAAGGAAAAGGUACCAAGAUUAUUUGGAGAGAACGAGGGAGAGAAAAGCGAGAAAGUUGAGAACGGAAGGGACAUUAGACACGUUGUGUAUGGCAUUUGGGGUGUUGGUAUUUUCCAGUUUUUGGAUGUUCGUCUUGUGCAGAUAAAAUCAUGUCUUUAUUUAUUUAUUUUACUCUGAUUUCAUUUCUUUGUGCAA